GCUGGCAUCGCAUUGGCUCGCCUUGCCAUGGUGUGGCAGCAGCGCGGGCAGCAAUGGAGGCGGCUUAAGGGACGAGGCUGGGCGGCUGCUGCUGCUGGCUGGCUGGACCGCAGAUGGGAAAGCCCGACUCAAUUUCUCGUCACCAAAUCCAGCUGGAAAGAAGAGCAUUAAUUGGCAUACCGAUCCGUGCAAAGUUUUGAUACUUUGGAAAAGCCUGAGUGGGCCCGUAUAUAAGAAGAUUAAACUUUGUGAAGUAUCAUUUAGCAAAACCAUGGCUACAGAUGAAAGAGAUACAGAACACAAUGUUCAGUCUGAGGGACUGGGUAGCAAUGCUGCAGACAAGAAAAAAGCCAGCAAAUUCCAGCCUUUUAAGAAGUUUUUUGGUAGGAGGAAAAAACGGGAGGCAACCCCAGACCAAGAGGACACCAAGCUGAAACCGAGCAGUUCCUUUGGAAAUGUCUGCAAUGGACUGUCUUCUGAUGAAGAGACAAACAGUGGUCUGAGGUCUUCCAAUCAUAGUAUGGGAACACGGGCCUUUUCCCAUGAGAGUAUUUUUAUACCUGAUGGGCGAACAGAGAGUGAAGAGUCUCUUCAAGCAAUGUCACAAGAAAACAUCCUAGGCAAAGUCAAAACCCUUCAGCAACAGUUGGCCAAAAAUAUUAAAUUUGGCCAACCUUCACAAGUGACUGUUUCAGUGAAGACAGUUGGGGAAGCAAAGGCUAGUUUGGAAGCAGAUGUGUUACUCAGUAGCCCCAUGGAGACUGAUUCACAGCAAGACAUGGUCCUUCCAGAGAGCAAUAAUAAAGCAGGUGGCACACCCGAUUCAUUAAGCCCAGCAAGUUUGCGUGGAACAAGGCAGGAAGUGGAAGAUAAGGUUACACCGGUCAAAUCAUCAUCGCGGCCGAAAAGGCACCACUCACCUUCUGGCACAAUUGAAACGGUCAACCUCGAUGCAAUUCCCCUGGCAAUUGCCCGCCUGGACAACAGUGCAGCAAAGCACAAACUCGCUGUUAAGCCAAAAAAUCAGAGGGUUUCCAAAAAGCACAGAAGGUUAUCACAGGAGAUGCAAAGUGUGGCGUUGGCAGAGGUUGAACAAGAAAUCCUAGAACCACAAUUGUAUGAAGAUAAGCUCUCCAAACAUGAUGGCUACCAUGUUGCAGACAAGCCUAUCGAGCAUAGGGAAAGCCAAGAACAGAACGAGGGCAAAAGAAAGCUAGAACAUUGCUGGAGAAACUUGGAGACUGAGAAGAAAGUAGAAAUGGCUGAAGCAGAGGUAAAAAGCCACACAGAACACAAAAGACUUCAAGAAUGCCAAAGGGAAAAAGAAGGGAAAAAACAGAAGCUUCAGGAGGAAGAGCAGCUUUUGAAAAUGGAAGAGAGAAAGGGUCAAGAGGGAAAGAAAAGUCUUGAAAAACGGAGGCAUCAAGAAUUUCAAAUGCAGAGACACAAAGGACUGGAGGAGCAGAGAAGGAAUGAAGAGGGCCUUCAGGAACCGGAGGAACAAAUGCAACAGGAAAAACGAAAGCAGCAUGAACUAAAGGAACAAAAGCAAAGGCAACUGGAAGAGCAAAAGCAUCAGGAACUGGAGGCGCAAAGGCAACUGGAGGCACAAAGGCAACUGGAAGAGCAAAGACAUCAGGAACUGGAGGUGCAAAGGCAACUGGAAGAGCAAAGACAUCAGGAACUGAAGGCACAAAGGCAACUGGAAGAGCAAAGACAUCAGGAACUGGAGGCUCAAAGGCAACUGGAAGAGCAAAGACAUCAGGAACUGGAGGCUCAAAGGCAACUGGAAGAGCAUAAACAUCAAGAACUAGAAGCGCAAAGGCAACUGGAAGAGCAAAGACACCAAGAACUGGAGGCGCAAAGGCAACUGGAAGAGCAAAGACAUCAGGAACUGAAGGCACAAAGGCAACUGGAAGAGCAAAGACACCGAGAAUUGGAGGCGCAAAGGCAACUGGAAGAGCAAAGACACCAGGAACUGGAGGCACAAAGGCAACUGGAAGAGCAUAGACAUCGAGAACUAGAAGCACAAAGGCAACUGGAAGAGCAAAGACAUCAGGAACUGGAGGCAGAAAGGCAACUGGAAGAGCAAAGAUACAGAGAGCUGGAGGUGCAAAGGCAACUGGAAGAGCAAAAGUGGCAAGAACUGGUGAUUGAAAGGCAAAGGCAAGAGGAAGAGCAAAGACAUCGGGAACUGGAAGAACAAAAAUGGCAGGAACUGAAGGAUCAAGAAGUUGAAGAAAAGAGACACAGAGAAUUAGAGGCAAAGCAACAACAUAAAAAGCUCUUUCAGCAAGGGUGGAAAGACAGGGAAGAACAGGGGAAGCAAAAAUGGCAGGAAGAAAAAAAAGGGCAUCAGAAUUUAGGACAGAAAGCGCAAGGACUGGAAGAACAAAUGAAUGAGGCUGAAAAUCAGGAUGAACUGAAACAGGAAGUACUUCAAGUGCAAAAAAGGCAAACAGACCUGAGACAAAAAGAUCUAGAGGAAAAAAGGAAUCUAGAAGGUGAAGAAAGUUUGCAAGGGAAGGGAAGUGCCAUAAAGCUGGAAAAGCAAAAGAGACCAGAAGAACUACCACAGAAUCUAAAAGAGAAAAUGAAUAACGACAAACAAGAACAGCAAGAACUGGAUAAACCAAUUAGAUCAGCAGCAGAACACAAAAGAUGCGAACUACAGCCAUGGCCUGAGAAGAGGAUGCAACAGGAAGAGUUGAUAGAGAGGGAAGAAGGACGAAAGCUGGAAGAACAGAAAUCCCCUAGUUUAGAAGGACAAAGACCACUGGAAAAGCCAAAAGAACAAGACAAGUCAUUCCCGUUGCAACUGGACAAAAAUAUUCAUUUGGAAGAGCAAUAUUUGGAAAGCCCCGAGAAAGAUCUUCCACUUAAAGAAGCUACCCAGCAAAUGAUAAAGCAGCCAGACAAAGAGCAGAAGGAAGAAGAAACUCUAAGGCACCAUCAGAAAAGGAACAUUGAAGCUCAAGAGCAGGAAAGAAUCUUAGGGGAGGAGCUACGAUGGCAGGAAGUUGACGCGAGGCAAACUAUGCCCAGGGGAUUUACCUUCCAAGUAUCCUCUGGAGAAAAGCAAAUUAUAUUUCCGAAAGUAAAUCUGAGCCCAGUUACGCCUGCCAAAGAGGCACCAACUCCUUCAGCUGCAAAAGAAUUGAUGACUCCUAAAUCCAGCAAAGGUUCUCACGGUCCCCCGACUUCUCUGUGUGUUCCCCAUACAGCAAUUUUGGUCACCGGAGCACAGCUCUGUGGAACUGCGGUCAACCUCAAUCAGAUAAAAGAUACAGCUUGCAAAUCUCUACUUGGCUUAACAGAAGAAAUAAAAACGAUGGACGCACGAAAAACAUCGCCAGAUGCAAAGCAUAGGAAUAGUAAAGUGAAAUAUGCCCAAGAGCCGUUGGGCAACCAAGCCAUCCCAGCUGAGUGGGCUUCUAUUAGGUCAAAAAUCUUAAAAAGUGCAGAAAAUGGCAAGCGCAAUGAGAGAGACAAAGGAAGCCUCAGUAGGCAUAGCGAUGAUUGGACACCCAAAGGACAAAACGCUCCCCACGGUAAUUUGCGCAAGACCUUAUCUGCAAGUGCAAAGUUUUCUAUAACUCCUGCAUGGCAGAAGUUUUCGGAAAUCUCAAAGGCUAAUGCAAGCGCCGAGAGUAAAGUUGGCCUUGAAGCAGAAAACCCAGCCAAGCAGUUGGGUCCACCCACGGUCCAUUCAACCCAAGAGACUGUUCAUACAGAGGCACUAUCAGCUGCAGGGAAUAAUCUUGGAACACCUACAGGAAAUACUGAAAUACAUCACGAAGUGGCAGGCAACACCGAGGGUUGUAAAUUUGCCAAAGAUCUGCCAUCUUUCCUUGUUCCAGGCAUCUCACAUUCUCUAAGUAAGGAAGUAGCCCAGUCGGAAAGUGCAGCAGCUGCUAUGGAAACACAGCAGAAGGUUGGUAUGAGGAAACUGGACAGUGCUUCCCCAAAUGGAGAAGAAAAUGUGUCCCCAUUUGGGGUGAAAUUAAGGAGGACCAACUAUUCCUUGCGCUUUCACUAUGAUCAGCAAGCUGAGCAGAAGAAGAAGAAAAGGUACAGCGCAGGAGACAGCUUUGACGGUGUGCCCACCCCGCUGGUUACGCCUGACAAUGAGAAAGAUGCAAAUGAUAUGUUUUUAAAAGAGAACAAAUCCCCAAGCCAAGAGAGAAAAGAUGUCAUGGUUAAUUCUGUGAAGAGCUCCUCGGCUAAUAUUAAUCAGAAUUAUACGACAGCUGCACCGGUAUCUCUCGCAGCUAGCAGUCAUGUGUCUGCACCUAGUCAAGAGAAACCCAUCUGCAAAUCACCACUCCUGCAAAAACCUGCAUUGGCUCCAAAGCCCACUAGCCAAACUCCGCCAUCAUCCCCUCUUUCAAAAAUGCGCAGAUCUCACGUAACCGAAUCCACAGGGCAACGGGUGGCUAAAACUGAGCCUGACACCACCUGGAGAAAAACUGAAGCUAAAGCUCUGCUUUCACAAGCCCACGAGGCAAGCAAGGGGGAAGAGGAAGAGUCUAGGGAGAAGAGGUCAUUUUUCCCAUCCCUCACCAUGCCAUGGAGAGAGAGAACAGAGAAGAAGCCAGAGCCGUUGAAAAAAGAAAGGCCAGUUCUUCAGAGCAGGCAUUCCAUAGACGGCUCCAAGCUGAUUGAAAAAGUUGAAACCGCACAGCCACUCUGGAUCACAUUGGCUCUGCAAAAGCAGAAGGGCUUUCGAGAGCAGCAGGCAACCAGAGAGGAAAGGAGGCAAGCCAGGGAGGCCAAGCAAGCUGAGAAACUUGCUAAAGAAAAUGCCAGUAUCAGCAAUCAGACAGAUACUAAAAGCAGCAGCAGCAGCAGCAGCAGCAGCAGCAGCAGCAGCAGCAGCAGAACUAGUACACUGCCUAGACCUGCAGCCCAGGAAGAGGAGAAGAAAGCUGAGACUCCUCUGUCAAGGUUUGAACGCAGAGAACAGCUUAAAAAAUCCAACACUCUUCCUACAUCUGUGACAGCAGUGGAGAUCUCAGAUUCUCUUCCACCGUCACCCUUGACUAAAGAAGUCACCAAGAGAUUCUCCACGCCAGAAGCUAAUCCGGUGUCGACAGAACCUGCCUGGCUGGCCUUAGCCAAGAGGAAAGCAAAAGCCUGGAGUGACUGUCCCCAAAUCAUUAAAAUGGAAGAACUCGAUAAUUAAUCCAAGGAACAUUUUGAGAACUGCAGUUCUGCUCCAGAGUAUAUUUUUAAGGCAGCAGAUGCUGUUAAUGAAUAGGCAUCCUACAGAGGAAACGAAAGGUCAGUUGUGUUUCUGUAAAAUUGCAAGCACAAAGGGGUUUUGGCAGUUAUGUAGCUGCUAUACAAAGGGAUGUCCAUGUGGUCAUUGGGCUAUCAGUGUUGUUUUUGGUUUCAUAUUUAAAUUCAAACCAUAAGCGUUCGUAAAUAACCCAUCAAUUUCAGGAUUGUUAGCAGCCUUUAGGGUUCCGUGGGAAUCCAAGUUAAUAAAGAGCCAGUUACUUGAAGAAUUGAAAACAGCUUAUAUGCAUCCACUUAAGCGGCAAAGAUUUCUACAGGUAUGUUGAGGCUUUUUGUUUAACCCAUGGCACAAACCCAUAUACCUACGUAAUACAAGCACAGAUUGGGCUCCUUCUGGCCAGCAGGGGCAUGAUGGGAAAAGUCUGUUUGUGGAUGUACAUCGCAUGCAAAACUUACUGGUGACCCUCCUUUAUUUUAGAGAGAGGUAACCUGCUGACACCAGGAAGAGCUCCUGCUGAAUGUGGGAUAAGUAGCACAUAGUUCAGCCUGUAUACAAAGAAAGUACAGGCCUGCCUUGAUUGGUGCAAAAGCCUCUUGCUGGUGGUAGAAAAUGUUUUUUUUAAAAGCACGCUUAAUCUAGUAGUGCUUAAACCUGGAAUUGCAUAAACUGCAAUUACAACUUUGUUUCCUCAAAUCCAUUUCCAAUAACUUUUGGGAACAGGAGAGCAGGAAAGGGGAAUGUGGGGGUUGAAAACCGAAGAGUUGGGUGGGAUGAAUACUAAUUUUAGGGGGAAAGGUGCUACUUGCAUGAUAAAGGGGGGGGAAGACCUACCAAAUAAUUCUAGACACACUGUUAGCAUAGAGCGUAUAGUGAGUAAAUAGUUCAAAAGCUUCAGAAGCAAAGUGUUUUCAAGCAUAAGGGGGGGUCUAGUGUACGAAAAUAGUAUUCGGAGGCUCUGAUCCAGAGAACCAAGGAAACCAGAAGGCUGUGCAUCCCCUGCUGCUGUUAAAAUGUUCAACAGGAAUACCAUCAGCAUUGAUAACCCUGAGCAUACUGUAGGCAGUAAGGGACACCUGGACUUAAGUUGGGAGGAACCCACUUUCCCUUCACUCUACGCAUGAUCAGGGCAUCAGAGUUGAUGUAUUGGUUACACUGCAAGGUGUGCUGCCCCUGCAGAUAUUUCCCCAGUCAUUUGAUGGGGAAGGGGGGUGUCCAGUGCAGCACUCUGUUGCAUUUAUAGGAAGGGGGAGAUUCCCAUUUCCACUCAUGAAUCAGUAUCUGGAUCAGAGUUGAGGGAUAUGUACAAUAUUGUUUUGGAAACAUUUUUAGAAGCCUAUAUUUUCAACAUUGUCAUUUCAUGUAAAGUCAACUUGAAAAUUUUGCACUAAAUACCAAUGAAGUGUUACUUUGCUUAAGCUCUGUCACAGCCUUUCUACUGAACAAACAUGACAUUUAUUCAAAACACUUAAAAAAACUGAUCUGACCACUAUGUAGAAUAUGGUCUCAACUUUUGGUGGCAGUGGAGUAACUUAUAUACAAAAGACUUAAGCUAUAGGAAGUUAAUCAUAUCCAAGUUCUGUUGAAAUUAAUAGGGCUUAACUUUGUUGCAUUGAUUUCAACAGGAGUUGGGCAUCACUAACGUUUGGGAACAAAAUAUUAUUUCUGAGGUUACAGAUGCUUAACCUCUGUUGUUCAUAUAGUGGUGUAUAAAAUUAUGAACAAAUGUACAAUUGUGGGGUUUUGUUUUGUGUACUUUUUUAAUUUUUCAAAUGUUUUAAAGUGCAAUUGUUUCUUAUACUAAUGUCAUUUUAAUUCAUAUUAAAUUAUAAUCUGCUGAAAGUUAUCAGAAGAUGUACGUAUUCAUUGUCUUUUUGUUACAAAUGUCAGGUUUAUCUUUUAAGGAAAGCCUGAAUUGCUAUAGGUAUCUAAUUAUGUGUUUUUACCAACAAUACAACCUAAGUAAAAUGAUCUAUGACUACGGGAUAUAUUAGUGCAAUUUCUCUUUUUGGUUUUUGAUCGUCAAAUUUUAAUGUAAAUGGUUAAUCAUGGAGAAUUUGUUCUAUUUCAAUAAAAAAAAGACAAGUGUUUAUGUAGCUAUGAAAGUACUUUUUAUUUAUGUUCUCAUUUAUGGGUUAUUCAUUACUGCUUGUUUUUUUUUAAGGUUACAUGAAAAGGUUUAACAAGAAGUUCGUUCCUGUUGGUGAUAUUUCAGGGGAAAAACAGUGAGUUGUACUCCCAUAAAUGGAACAUUCCCUACCCACCCCAUCCCCCCACCCUGUAUGGCCCUAAAAUCUGCUUAAUGGGUUUGGAGGACUUAGAAGCAGAUUAGGAUGGCAUAGAGAGUUAGAGUGAGGAAGACAGGAAAGGGAAGUCAUUAGAUACCUCCCUGUGAUCUUCACACAAUAAUUCAUCCAUAACUGUUAACAGCACCCUAUAUGGAGGUCGAUAAAAAUUGUCCUGUAUCUAUGCGUGAUCCUUAUAGCAUGUAAUAGAAAGAGCACAUUGUUUCACAAAAUUAGCGCUUUGAUUUUCAACAUCUACCUGUUUUCUGGAACAAAUGUAACUUCUGUUUUGUCAUUUGCACAUUACAGAAAUGAGCCAAAGCAGCACUAAGUGUCCUGCCAGCUCAAGGAUUCCUGCUUAGACAACAGGGCUUUCCCUCUCUUCCCCCCACACCCCUCAAUCUCCUCUGGUGCUUCCCUUAACCCUCUGAAGCAAAUUUACAGAGGUUGCAUGUGUCUGUGCGGGGGAAGAGGCGGCAGGGAGUCCUGUUGUGCAAGCAGUGAUCCUUCUGCUGGUGGGACACUUAUACCCACACAUAUAUUGGUUUUGCAAUAUAUGAUAAAAAGUUAAACAGUGAACCCUUGAACCCUAUCAGCUCAUACUUUCCUGCAAUAUUCAGUACUUUUCUAUCACGCCAUCAGUGUUGGGGUUGAUGCUGCUCUCAAAUAAAAAGCUCAAGCCAUGUUUUCGAAAUGCUUUGUAUAGGAAAUCCAUAAUUUCAAAUGACACUUUCUUAAACAUUAUAUGCUGCCUUUUGGGGGAUAAAAGUUAUUCCACAUUCUAAAGUGCCCUGGUAAAUAUAGUAUGGCAUCUUACACAGCCAUGAUCAGUACAUUUUAAUAUAUUAGCCACUGAUGACCAUGGCUAUUAAAGUACACAAGUAACUGUUAUGUCAGGAAGCUGGGGUUUAAAUUAAUAGAUGUUUUUACACUGUAGGCAAGGUUUUCUAUUUUGUACUAGGCCUGGGCAAUGUAUUAAUAUCAGCCAGGGCCAGAUGACGAUGGCUGCUUCACCUGGCAGUAUACUGCGGGUGUCACCAGCAGGUGAGCUGCAGCAGACGUUUCACCACUGGGUGAAGCAGCCAUUGCGCUCUGGCCCUCAUACUGCUGACAGAGGAGCAAGCUACAUUGGCAUGUAGCUUUGUUCCUCCCUCAGCAGCCAGCACAGGCAGAUGGCUCCUUUGAACUUCUGGGGUGCGUGGCUGCCCACCCUUCAGUGGAGGUGGGGUUGGGGUUCCAUUACACUUGGGGGUGAGCGGGUUGCCUCUACCUCCUGGGAGAAAGAGGUAGCUCGCUGGGCUUCCUCAAGUGUAACAGAGCCCCCACCUCACCAAAGCCAGAGGUGGGGGUGGGAUGCCUCCCUUAUAAUAAUAAUUUAUUAUUUAUACCCCGCCCAUCUGGCCGGGUCUCCCCAGCCACUCUGGGCAGCUUCCAACAGAAAAAUACAACACAAUAAUCUAUUAAACAUUAAAAGCCUCCCUGAACAGGGCUGCCUUCAGAUGUCUUCUAAAAGUCUGGUAGUUGUUUUCCUUUUUGACAUCUGUUGGGAGGGCGUUCCACAGGGCAGGCGCCACCACCGAGAAGGCCCUCUGCCUGGUUCCCUGUAACUUGGCUUCUCGUAGCGAGGGAACCGCCAGAAGGCCCUCGGAGCUGGACCUCAGUGUCCGGGCAGAACGAUGGGGGUGGAGAUGCUCCUUCAGGUAUCCUGGACCAAGGCCAUUUAGGGCUUUAAAGGUCAGCACCAACACUUUGAAUUGUGCUCGGAAACGUACUGGGAGCCAAUGUAGAUCUUUCAAGACCGGUGUUAUGUGGUUUCGGCGGCCACCUUCAAAGGUAGCCCCACGUGGAGCGCAUUGCAGUAGUCCAAGCGGGCGAUAACUGGAACAUGCACCACUCUGGCUAGACAGUCUGCAGGCAGGUAGGGGUCUCAGCCUGUGUACCAGAUGGAGCUGAUAGACAGCUGCCCUGGACACAGAAUUAACCUGCGCCUCCAUGGACAGCUGUGAGUCCAAAAUGACUCCCAGGCUGCGCACCUGGUCCUUCAGGGGCACAGUUACCCCAUUCAGAACCAGGGAAUCCUCCACACCUGCCUGCCUCCUGUCCCCAACGAACAGUACUUCUGUCUUGUCAGGAUUCAACCUCAAUCUGUUAGCCGCCAUCCAUCCUCCAACCGCCUCCAGGCAUUCACACAGGACCUUCACUGGUUCUGAUUUAAAAGAGAGGUAGAGCUGGGUAUCAUCCGCAUACUGAUGAACACCCAGCCCAAACCCCCUGAUGAUCUCUCCCAGCGGCUGCAUGUAGAUGUUAAAAAGCAUGGGGGGAGAGGACAGAACCCUGAGGCACCCCACAAGUGAGAGCCCAGGGGUCCGAACACUCAUCCCCCACCACCUGAACGCGGCCCAAGAGGAAGGAGCGGAACCACUGUAUAACAGUGCCCCCAGCUCCCAACCCCUCUAGACGGUCCAGAAGGAUGUUAUGGUCGAUGGUGUCAAAAGCCGCUGAGAGAUCCAGCAGGACUAGGAAGCAGCUCUCACCUUUGUCUCUAGCCCGCCGGAGAUCAUCAACCAGUGCGACCAGGGCCGUUUCAGUCCCAUGAUGAGGCCUGAAUCCUGACUGGAAGGGAUUCAAAUGAUCCGCUUCUUCCAGGCAUGCCUGGAGUUGUUCAGCAACCACUCGCUCAAUCACCUUGCCCAAGAAUGGAAGAUUUGGCCAUAUUAGCCACAUCUAAAGAUGGUUUUUUAAGAAGCGGUUUAAUGACUGCCUCUUUCAGCGGGUCUGGGAAUACUCCCUCAUAGAGGGAAGCAUUUACUACCCCGCGGAGCCCAUCGCCCAGCCCUUCCCGGCUCGCUUUUAUUAGCCCGGAUGGGCAAGGGUCAAGGAGACAGGUGGUUGGUUUCACUCGUCCAAGCAGCCUGUCCACAUCCUCGGAGGUAACAGAUUGAAAUUGAUCCCAUGAAACAUGACUAGACAGAGCUCCAGCACUCUCCCGCCCCGGCCCUGAUCCCACGGUGGAGUCUACCUCCCUCCGAAUCUGAGCGACUUUAUCUGCAAAAAACUUUGCAAAAGCAUUACAGGAGAUAUUGGAGCCCUACCAGGCCCCGAUGACGAAGGUGGUUCGGAUAGAUUGCGAACCACCUGGAACAGUCAGGACCAGACUUGGAGGCAGGGAUAGUCCUCAAACAACGACUAAGUCUGCCUCCUCGGUAAUGACAUCGUCUGGUCUUAGCAUAACUCCUCCUCCUACCCAUGAUCACUGAGAUCCGUUGUUCCAGUGCACCCCCCCCCCUGUGGAACCUGCCCCAGCCAUUUUGUUGGCUGGGACCCACUCCCAGGCAGCCCUGACCCCUCCCCUUAAAAACAAAAUAAAACCUAUAUAUAAAAAAAUACAAUAAAACAAUACAAACCAAAAACAGAAAAUUACAAAGUAAAAUUAAACAAACCCAAAUUAAACAAAUUCCCAACCCCAAACAAACAUCCGAUUUAAAAAGGUGAAAGGAAAUAAAAAAGCAUUUAAAAACAUUUUUAAAAGAACUCUGCGCUGUGCAGCAGCAGCAGCAGUGGAAGCAGUCCUUAAACUUUUCUGUUCAGGGGCACAUGGCUGCCUGCCCCUCAACAGACAUUGGGGUCCCUGAGCAGUGCAAACAAGUUGCAUUGUCCCUGCCCAUGAGGCACUGGGGUGAAAGCGCCUCAGCUCCUGCAGUGAGAGCCGCAGAAGUUUUACCCCACGCCUCACAGGCUGGGGCCAAUGUGUAGCCUUAUCAGCCUUCAGUUUACGCGUCAAGCUAGCAACUUCUAGCAGCCUUGAGUGAAACUAUGCGUCAGGCAUAGCAGCUGAUAAGCGCUUCUGUGUUCCAGACAGGGCCAGCUCAUCCGGCCUUGAUUGCACUUUGACACACAGAGGCAUAGAGGCAAAGAGGAAAGCAUUUUAAGCAAGACAUCCCAGGGCUACAGUCAGAAUUCAUACAAUGCAAGCAAUGCAAACUAUAGGAUCAGAUCUAGCUCAAUAACACAAUUGGCAAUUCUCUCCCUACAAAUGCAGCUUGUUUCAACAUUGAGGUGUAUCUUCAGAUCAGAAUGAUACAUCGUGAUGUUGAAAACCUAACAUCACCCAGCCCUAUUUUGUACAAGCAAAAGUAAAAAUACCAAAAAGGGAAAUUUUAGGCACCUUAUUUGGUUUUAGAAACACAUAAAUCAAAGCAAUAAAGAUAGUUAUUUCUACAGCCUACAAUGAUCGUUGUUCCCCAUACAACAGGAGAUGAGAAAACUUCUCCUGGAAGCUUCUCUUCACCUUCUACCAAGCCAGUCUUGGCAUUCAAGAUCCAUAUUCUGCCAUCUGUGGAUGCCACUGCGAGAAGUGUUUCAUCUUGUAAGGCAUGAUGAUGGAAAACGAAUGGAAUUGCAUAUACAGUUGAAGUUGUUUCAAAUUUCCACAAUAAAUUACCUUCCGUACUACAGCAGUAAGUAAAGUUGUCAUGGGAUCCAAAAAAUAUAUCGCUGGAAAAAUGUGAAAUACAUGGCGAUGAAAAAAUUGGUCCAUUGCUGGAAAACUUCCAUUUCUGCGUGACAAUAUUGAGAAGUUAUUGAAAUUUCUAUUAGUGUCACCAAUCAGCCACAUGUUUUACUUCUGUCACAAAUGAGUACCUGCCUCACAAAUAACUUUACAAAUUAUACAAUUUGAGGCCUAAUCCAGCAGACCCACCUUUUUCAUUUCACCCACAACAUUCAUUAAGAUAUUCAGUUGCAAGUCCUCAAUUGAAACCUAAAGUGACGCACCUCCAGGUACAUGCAUGUGUGAAUUAGGGCUUGAAGAUGAAGUCACAGAGUCCAACUAGAAAACUCAAAAGUGAUAGAUACUCCCAAGAACUGCAAUUGAUAGCAAAAGCAGUUCCCCCCGUACAAAAAUAAAAUAAAGUAAAAAUAAAAUAGUAGUAGUGACAUCCUCUCACCCCACUGAGCACAAUGCCCAGACUGAUCUUGAGAGCAAACAGAAAUGCUGUAGCUAUGGAUAACUCACACAAACUAAGUAGAUGCAUGUUUCAGAUAUGACUAAGAGGCAAAAUUUCUAGAUGUCCUAGAACAAGUUGGUCUUGGAACCAAGAACUAGGGAAUUGACCUUAUACUAAAUCCUAGGUGGACCCAAGGACUUUGGGUGAGAUGGAAGUGUUGAACUGACUAGAAACAGCAAAGACAGCGCUUGCGAACUCCACAUAUAUGUAAAGAGACUUCUCAAAGUUCUAACAGUUCUUGGCUCCAAGAAGUAUCAAAAUGCACAUGUUGAGAUAAAUUAUGCUUAUAAAUACAUAUUUAGGUAUUAAAACCAAAGGUUAAAGCAGAACAGUCUUAUGGACUAGAAAGAGACUGAAACGACAAUCCAGUUAGGUUAUCACUAUCAGCUCUAGUAAACUGGUAGAAAGCAUUAUCAAGUGUGCAAUCCUAUACAGAUUUACCUGGAAAAAGCCCCACUGAACUCAAUGGGACUUGCCUCUGAGUAGACAUGUAUAUGACUGCACUGUGGGUUUUGAAAAAUCACGUGGCUUCUGCAAAGCCACUAACCGCCUGGAAUUUUUCAGCUCUAAUCUGGAAGAUACUGCAUACAUCAACUU